UGCCGUUGCAAUAAGAUUUGCUUUUUGUGAAACAACAAUGUGCUUUAUAUGUGCGCACUUCACACAAGGUCAGGAAAUGGCACAUGAAAGGAAUAAAGAUUAUCUUCAAAUAAUGAACAGCAUACAUUUUCCAUGUGCAGCAUCAGUUGAUUCUCAUGAUUAUAUAUUUUUUCUGGGUGACUUAAACUAUCGCAUCGAUUUGGAAAAUACAAAAAUACGAAAUUUAAUACGAUUCAAACAAUAUGACCAAUUGUUACGUCACGAUCAAUUAUUAUUGAAUAAAAAAGCAAACAUAAUCUUCCAAGGGUUUCAAGAAGGCUCAAUUAAUUUUGCGCCCACAUACAAAUAUGAUUUAAAUUAAAAUGCCUAUGAUACAUCAGGAUAUCCUGAGUCUCCAGCAUGGUGUGAUCGUAUAUUAUGGAAAUUUAAUCCACCACACAAAUUUUUCCGAGCCUCAUCAUCCCGUACCCUGGAUAAUGCCUCAUCCUUGUCUGGGACAUAUGGCUACCCAGGGCAUUGUUUUAUAUACACCCGAAAUGAAACAAAAUUAUCAGAACAUCGUCCAGUAUUUGCUAAAAUUGAAGUUAGUAUUAAAAGAUUCGUUCCAAAAUUAUUUGAUAAUGUGCUUGAUUCUAUAAUAAAAGAAAAUGGACCUUCGGAUUCCACAAUAAGUUUAAAACUUGCACCGAAUAGUCAUGUAAAGAUUGCUGAGCCCGAGUUUGUUUUUAAAGUAUUGG